GUGUGUGUGUGUUUGUGUGUGAUUUCAUGUCUCCAUUUCUGCUCCCACACGUCUCAGUGCAGUGAUGCCUCCUCGGGUACCACUACCAAACCACCUCAGGGACCUUCAGCUGUAAGUAAAGGAGCAUCCACCACCAUGAGUGAAGACACUGCCUGCAGGGCGGAGCCGGACUCGGAGCACGACGGGGAGCUGGCCGACCUGGUGGCUGCCAUGAACAUGGCCGCCAGCCGCUUGACGCCGCCCAAUGGCAACAGGGCCGGUGCUCCGAGGCCCAGCAGCACUCAGAGACUUCGGCUCUCGGACAGGAAGAUGUCUCUGCAGGAGCGAGGGCCCCGCAUAGCCCGGCAGCCCACCAUCGAGACCAAACGUGUGUCCAUCACAGAUGCUGAUGACUGUGUCCAGCUCAACCAGUACAAGCUGAAGAACGAGAUCGGAAAGGGUUCAUAUGGAGUGGUGAAGUUAGCUUACGAUGAAGAUUCUGAACAGUACUACGCGAUGAAAGUCGUUUCAAAGAAGAAGCUGAUGAGGAUGUGUGGAUUUCUGCGCCGCCUGCCUCCUCCGAGAUCAAACUCACAGGAUCCGUUGCCCAGAGCCGCGCUGUAUCUGGAGAAAGUGUACAAAGAGAUCGCCAUCCUGAAGAAGCUCGAUCAUCAUAAUGUUGUUAAACUGGUGGAGGUGCUUGAUGAUCCUGAUGAAGAUGGACUUCAUAUGGCCUUCGAGUUGGUGACUAAAGGCCCGGUGAUGGAGGUGCCGACAGACGACCCGUUCACAGAGGAGCUGGCUCGCUUUUACUUCAGAGACAUCAUCCUGGGAAUAGAGUACUUGCAUUACCACAAGAUCAUCCACAGAGACAUCAAACCCUCCAACCUGCUGCUGGGAGACGACGGCCAUGUCAAGAUCGCUGACUUUGGCGUGAGCAACGAGUUUGAGGGGGCGGACGCCCUCCUGUCCAGCACAGCAGGGACCCCGGCCUUCAUGGCCCCUGAGAUGAUGACCGAACAGGAGCAGGGCUUCAGUGGAAAGGCGUUAGACGUGUGGGCGAUGGGAGUCACGCUCUACUGUUUUGUCUUCGGGAAGUGUCCUUUUUAUGACGAAUACAUCGUCGCCCUGCGAAUCAAAAUCAAGAACAAACCUGUGGACUUUCCAGAGACACCAUCGAUUUGUAGCAAACUGCAGGAGCUCAUUGAACGGAUGUUGGAUAAAAACCCUGAAACAAGAAUCACCAUCCCUGAAAUCAAGCUUCAUCCGUGGGUGACGGAGGACGGCUCGGAUCCUCUCCCCCUGGAGGAGGAGCACUGUACGGCAUUAGAAGUCACUGAGGAGGAGGUGCAGAACAGCGUCAAGCUCAUCCCCAAGCUUUCUGCUGUGAUUGUGGUGAAGACCAUGCUGAGGAAGCGCUCUUUCAGUAAUCCCUUUGAGUGUCUGGGCAGACGGGCAGAAAGGUCCAUGUCGGCCCCCGGAGGUCUUCUUACUGGUUCCUGGGGCUUGAGUUCUUCGCCUCAGCUUCAUCCUUCCUUGAGGAGCAGAGAGGGGAGCAGAGACGGAGAGCUGGAGGACCUGUAUGAAGAGUGCACAGAUUAAAUCCACACAUGCAUUGACACAGACUGAAAUCUUAGUGCUUUGCUGUUAUGCUUGCUGUGCUAAAUUGUUCUUCAUCACUUUAGUGCAAAAACUCUUCUGUGAUAAAAUUAAUAUUGAAAAGAUGGAUAGUGCACUAAAUAAAAUGUAAAAUACCAACAAUUAAAACUGGAUGUUAUCUCACUAUUCUCCCUGUUGAUAUCUAAAUUACAGGUUUAACGACUGGUGGCAUCUGUUGUCCAUGAAUGUAAUAAGAGUUAUUUUCUUUCGAUUGUUCUUAAAAAUGUAAAUAUGCUCGGUACAGAAGAUAUUUUUACAUUUUCCUACAGCUGUUGAAGAUAAUAAAAAAAAAAUUCCAAUUUCAAA